AUGGAAAAUCCAGAACAGAACAUCCAUUCAGUCCUUGAGGCUCUUUGCCGGGGCACGCCCGCUGAGCAGACGGAAGCAAUCAAUACAUACUUUUUGCCCGACGCCGCCUUCCAGCACCCCUUCUGCCGUGUCCCGGCCUUCUCCCAGCUCCCGUUUGGCUUGUUCUCCGGAGUCAAUUCACGGUGGUUGUUGCUCAUGAUUUACCGAUGGUAUCGCAUUCUGAGCCCAAACAUAGACUUCCACAUAGAUUCUUGCGAGAUCAUGCAAACAGCAUUCGACACGCGUACUCAGACCCUGUAUCUGAAUCUCCGCCAGACCUUCGCCAUCUGGUUCAUACCUUUCUACGUCGCACGCGUGCGCCUGGUCACUGUUCUGCACCUCGAGCAACUGGACAAGCGCACCGCCGCGAGCAACCUCGGCUCUACUGUCGGCGGCAAGCUCAUCACAGACGACCAGGAUAGCAAGAAGCGCUACUAUAUCGCAGAACAAGAUGACCAUUAUCAAGUGAACGAAUUUGUCAAGUUUGUGGCCCCCGGCAUUGGCCCGUUGUUCUGCACCUUGUGGCAAAUCGCCAGCACCCUUGUUUGCAUGCUAGGCGUCUGGACAGUCAUGCCAGUCUAUGCGGCGCUCGAGAGAAAGCCUAGGUGGAGAGCGAUUGCCCAUUGA